AUGGAAAAUUACACAAUAGUUGAGUUAAUAGGGGAGGGGUCGUUUGGCAAGGUUUACAAGGCGAGGCGCAAAGGGUCGGGUCAGGUUGUGGCCAUGAAGUUUAUCGUGAAAAAAGGCAAAAAUGAUAAGGAGCUUUUAAACCUUCGUAGUGAGAUCGAAAUUAUGACGAAGCUUGAUCAUGGUAACAUUAUUACUUUGUUUGAGGCGUUUGAAACUCAACAGGAGUUUGUUGUAGUGAUGGAGUACGCUCAGGGAGAGCUGUUUGAAGUUCUUGAGGACGACAAAAAUCUUCCUGAAGAAGUUGUGCGGCGUAUUUCGAAGCAGUUGAUACAGGCACUUCAUUAUUUACAUUCUAACCGUAUUAUGCACCGAGACAUGAAACCUCAGAACAUUCUUGUUGGGCAGAAUGGCGCAGUUAAAUUGGCCGAUUUUGGUUUUGCUAGAUCGAUGAGUUAUAACACAAUGGUGCUGACAAGUAUUAAGGGAACACCCCUUUAUAUGGCGCCGGAACUUGUCCAAGAACAACCCUACAACCACUGUGCGGAUUUGUGGUCGCUUGGGUGUAUCCUCUAUCAGCUAUACUAUGGUAAGCCGCCAUUCUACACAAACCAUCUUUACAAGCUAAUCAAUCAAAUUGUUAAUGAUCCCGUCAAGUUUGAGGAACCUAUAUCACCAGAUUUUAAGUCCCUCUUGAAGGGUCUCUUGACAAAGUCCUUUUCAGCGCGAUUGAACUGGCCUCAGUUAUUGAACCAUCAGUUUGUGGCCCUUGGUGAGGAGGAUGGAAAGUGGCAGGCAGUAAUUAAACUACACGAUGAGGAAUUAAAAGAGCGUAUGGAUAGAUUAGAGUGUUUUGGGCUCCGCACCCAACCAAGCAGGUUUCAAACGAAUUCCACAGGAUAUACGCCUCGCGCCAGUGCGGUUUUGCAGCAACCAUCCUUGAAUUCAAAGGAAAGCUCGCUAUUUUCUAUCUCUUCGAUAGAGAUUAUUUCCUCUUCAACCGAUUCACAUAAAGUCAUUGAAACUUUUAAAGGGCUUGCGAGGGCAUCUGAGACGUUAACCUCGUCGCCUCUGCAAAAUAGUGCCUUGUUGGAGCGAAUUCCGCAAUUGGGUAUUUUGGCGCCAACGUUACGGAGACUCAAUGAUGCACAAACGGUAGAUGUAAUUCGCCAUGCUUUGCAAUUUAUUCGGAUACUCGUGUUUCCUGAAAAUGGUUCUGUUUUUUCAUUUCCUUCACAAUAUCCUUCAGAGAACAUAUUAAACACUCUGAAACAGCGAAGUGAAAUUCCACCGGUUGAUCUUCUUAUACGACAGCAAGUCGCUUUGGAACUGAUGAAAAAACCUCAGGAGACGCUUGGUUUUAUGGUGCGCGAGGUAAUUGAGAAUCGGAAGAAUCUUCGUAAGGAUUGUGUGAAAGUCAUUUUCCAAUGCGUAAAGUGGGGAAUUGGAUUUGGAGCUGCUCUCAUUAAAUUGAAGACGUUCCCCGUUUUUUGGGCUUCCUUGCUUGAUUCUGUAAAGGAAUCGACAGUAAGAGAAAAAAGUCCCUUGCAACUUUACGCGGCGAUUGCGUUUCACACGGUUUCGGUGUUGAUACCUCAUAUAAAAUUGUCUUCCCCUGCUCAAAUAAAUGCGCAGAAGGUGUCUGCGUUUGUGUCCACCGGGUUAGGGGCUGUUUGCUAUUAUGAUUCAUCUAAAAAUGGGGAUAUUGCGGCGCUGAACUGUGCUGCUGCUGCAGCCCUUUUGGUUGCCUUUGUGCAUCGAGAAAUGAAAGACACCAUUGUUUUUGAACCGGACUCUCUACUGAUGGAUGGAUUACACGUUAUCGUAGAAGGCGUGCGUCGAAUCUCGGACUCGCGUGCGGUACCGCGUGCCCUUGGGACAAGCUACGGAUUUGCUGAUUGCGGGUUCUUGGACGGUGUGGCGCAUAUGCUCUCUGUCCUGUUUUCAAAUCCAAAUUCAAUUGUGUAUCAACAAAAUUUGAAUCCUUCAACGCAAACGCAGCUUGGAGAUGAAAAGAGAAUCUCACUUCGUACCGUCAUCCGUUUAUUGCGUGAUAGCGAUCCCAAGGUUGAGUUAUCACCGAACGGCGUUUUGGCUGCACUUCGUUGUGUUCAACAAGCCUUGCAGUAUCACAGGGAAGGAAUGCACACGAUGAAUCUUUUGCUGGAAUCUGUAGAACCUUACGCUGGAGAGAGCGGUGGCUCGGUUUCGGUGAUGGCAGUUAUUUGUCGUCAGUUACGCUCAGUUUACCUCAAGCAGCUUCGCUUGUGGCCUGAAUAUAAAGGAGGGGGAGCUGUGGGAGUCAGUGCCCAUCUGACCAUAAUUGUUCAGAUUUUGGCGGCGGCGUUGCAUCCGGCCAAGCAGGGAGCCGACCCGGAGGGUGAAACGACGGCCGCCGUGCAUCGAAUUCUUUACAAGGAAGGGGUGAUGGAAAUGCUCAUUGCUGCACUUGAUUACAUGGAGGUGGCGUUUUGGGGCCCACCAUUUACGAUCAUUAUAAAACUAGUGAUGGGUUCUCCCUUAUUCGCCAAGGCAUUUGUAGACGGAGGUGGUUUGCGGCCGGAGCGGAUAAGGAAAGUCUUGGACGCACGAAAGGCAAGUAACGGUCUUGUCUCGGAUGGACUCAACGUGCUUUCCCAACUGGCUCGGAUAUCGAAGGAGUUUUAUCCACCCAUUCACAGCGCAAAUUUAUAUGAACUUUUUCUGGAUCUUCUGCGACACCGAGACGCUGCUCUCCGAAGCAAGAUGUGCAACCUCCUUGGGAAUCUCUGCAAGCAUUCUCCGUACUUCUAUGAGCAGCUGGCGAGCCACAAGCUGAUAGAGGCCCUUGUGGAGCGCUGCAGCGACGAAGACUCCACCACGCAAAAAUUUGCAGCCUUUGCGGCCGGCAACGCAGCCUUUCACAACGAUUUUCUCUAUGAGUUGCUUAGGCCAUCCAUUCCAGUCAUAGUAAAACUGUUGUCCAGCAGCGACGAAAAGACGCGACAAAACGCGGCCGGUGCGGUUAGCAAUUUUGUGCGAAAUGGCAGCACCCUCACUUCUGCCUUGAUGGGGGACAACGUUGUAGAGGCCCUCCUGCGGAUCCUCAAGAAGGACAAACUGGGGCUGAGAAAAAUAGCGCUGAUUACCAUUGGCUCCUUUUGUGCCUACGAGGACUGUAGAAAGAAGUUUUUGGCGGCGGGAUUGAAGGACUUGCUACGGCAGCUCGAAGAGAGUAGCGCUAUUGAAGCUGAGCCUUCAAUUGCAAAGUAUGUCGCGAGGAUCAAACAACGAAUUGGUUGA